AUUUCCUCAGUUGCGAAAUCUCCGCAAGUACAAGAUCUCUGUCUCUCUCAGACAUACACAAUCUCCACUUAAUUGUGGUACAUUUCACCACCAAUUUGAUACAUCAAUGAAGGUAGGGCUUUCAUCUGCAAUCAUGAGUCUCCAUGGAGUCAGUUCAGUAACACAAAGUGGGACUACCAAAGGAAUCACACAGUCAUACUGUACAUCCCUAUCCCCGGCACAUGAUUUUUUGGGUUGUGAAUCAGAAGGCAGGAAUUCAGUGGCCCAUGAAUGUUCAUCCACUCGCCUCUCACCUUUCAUGCGGACAGAAUCUUUUAGCUCUCCUACCAAUAUGCGAGAAUCUAGUCUUCAACGUGUCAAGAGCACAUUUUCACGUUCUUCUGUUUUUUGUACAAGUUUGUAUCAGUCUUCUUCAUCAACUUCUGAAACCUCCAGGCAGCUUGGAAAUCUGCCAUUUCUUCCCCACCCUCCAACAUACAGCCAGUCCAAUUCUGCUGUUGAUUCAACAUCUCCAUUGCUUUUAAGUCAGGAUAUGAGUAAUCAAUACGAUGAUGAACAAUCAGACUAUCUCAUGAAAGACUUCCUUAAUAUGACUGGAGAUGCUUCUGAUGGUAGCUUCCAUGAAAUCGGCUGUGGAAGUGACACUAUGGCACUUACAGAGCAAUUGGAGUUUCAGUUUUUGUCUGAUCAACUUGACAUAGCUAUCACGGACAAUGGUGAAAAUCCACGGCUUGAUGAAAUAUAUGAUAUUCCUCGAGCCUCAUCAGAACCAACGAUAGAAUUGACAUGUAGUAAGAGUUGUGGCUCGACAGCACCACUGGUUGAUGCUCUUUCAAGUCAUCCCUCUCCUGGGCCUUCCUCUGCACAUAGACCACGAAUGCGGUGGACACCUGAGCUUCAUGAGCGUUUUGUAGAGGCUGUUAAGAAGCUUGAUGGAGCUGAAAAGGCUACUCCAAAAGCUGUACUAAAAGUUAUGAAUGUUGAGGGUUUAACCAUUUAUCAUGUGAAAAGCCACUUGCAGAAGUACAGGCUUGCCAAGUAUAUGCCCGAGAAAAAAGAAGAUAAGAAGGCUUCUAGCUCUGAAGAAAAGAAGGCUGCUUCAAGUGGAAAUGAAAGCGAUGGACGAAGAAAAGGGAGCAUCCAUAUCACUGAGGCUCUGCGCAUGCAAAUGGAAGUUCAGAAACAACUGCAUGAGCAGCUUGAGGUUCAAAGGUCUCUUCAGCUACGCAUAGAGGAGCAUGCAAAGUACUUGGAGAAGAUCUUGGAGGAACAACAGAAAGCCGGUAGUGCAUUACUUUCUCCACAAGCCUUGUCGUCAUUGACAACUAAUUCCCUUAAAGACUCUGAACAGCAGCCUCCCCCAUCAGCCUGUAUAUCAGCUUCACAACCAGCUGCGUCCGACUCAUCAUCACCUGAUUCACCUCUGUCACUGAAGCAUAAAGCUGCUGCCUGUAGUGAGUCUGAGGCACACGCAUACACUAAAAAGCUUCGUAUUGAAGAGAAACCAGAUGACCCAGUAGUUGAAAAUCCUUCGGCAACGGUAACUACUACUCCUACUACUACUUCGCAGUAGCUGCACUAAUUAAUGUCCAUUGUUUGUAGUGUAAUGUAUAGAACUUUCAGGCUUUUUGUAAGUAAAGUUGUAAUUAAGACAUGCCGAUUCAUAUCUUUUAACCCAGCUGGUAGUUCAAUGAAAAAGAAAAUCAGCUAUUCUAGCCAAGUUCAGUUGGAGAACCCACUUGAUUUAGUAUAGUGCAUUUGGCAUAAGCAUUAAGUUAUAUACAGCGUAUUUAU